AUGUCUCCUAAAUUCACUCAAACUGACGAAACAGUCCUUCGGGGACCACAAAGAACAGAGUUUGACUUUUCCGACUUUGACCAUUCAGCCAUUCCCCUAGAAGGCGAACAAUGGCCGGUCGUUAUCAUCGGAUCAAGCAUGGUGGGAAUGACACUAGGGAUUCUACUGGGGUAUUGGGGUAUAGAAUCAGUGGCCUUCGACCGACACCCCUCAACGGCAACGCACCCUCGCGCGGCCCUCUUCCUCCUCCGCACAAUGGAGAUCUUCCGACAACUUGGGCUAGAAGAGGACAUGGUUCGCGCCAGCAAAUCCAAUUUUGAUCUCGAUGCAGGGAUGCUUCUUGUGGAACGGCUAAUCGGCGGCAAAGUCAUUGCCAGAAUGCAGGAGGCAGAUCCGGAACAGACGGCCAAGAUCACGCCCUGCAAGCGAAUAUGGCUCACCCAAAACAUGUUUGAACCUCUGCUCCGGAGUGGAGCCCAUAGGUUCGGCGCGAAGCAAGUCUUCUCGACAAGGGUCGUGCAUUACGAUGAACAUGAUGACGGUGUGAUUGUUGUUGUGCAGGACCUCGCAACGGGGAAAUACUCUAAGUACAAGACUCAAUAUUUGGUCGCUUGUGAUGGGAAUCGUAGCCCCACACGUCGCAAAGAAGCCAUCGAGUGGACAGGGCCAGGAACAUUCGGCAACAAUAUUUCCAUUAACUUUCGUGCAGAUCUCGCUGAUUAUUUGGGUUCACGAGCAGUGCAUGGAGUGACAUAUGUGAUCAACAAGGACGUCAGUGGAGGAUUUCGUCUGGAAGAUGGAGGCAAGAGUGGCUUUUUAAUCGUGACUCGGCUGCGUGAUAGACACGACUUCGAGCCGGACUCCGUCACAGAGCAGGAUGCGAGAGAUGCCUUUUUUGCGGCAUCUGGAAUAGAGGAAGAUGUUACCCUCGAUAUUGAUUAUGUGUCUUACUGGAGUGUGGCUGCUCUUAAUUGCAGUCAAUACUCGAGUCAAAAGGGGCGUGUCUUUCUUGCUGGAGAUGCAGCUCACAUUAUGCCUCCGACAGGAGGCAUGGGCGGAAACACGGGCAUACAGGACGCCUAUAACCUUGCGUGGAAGCUUGCGUACGUGCUCAAAGGACUGGCAGAUGUUUCGCUGCUGAAGACAUACACCAUCGAACGCCAACCCGCUGCAGAAAGCAUGAUGCAGCAGGCAUUCUCCCGUCUCGUCAAUCGAGUCCUGGAGGACAAAUCUAUUGUCCACGACGAGGAGCUCCCAGAUGACGUCUGCGAACUAGGGUAUUGCUACCGAAAUGGGGCUUUUGACUACAGCAGCGUGGUGGAUAAGGGAACUUCGAAGCCAUGGAAUAAUCCUCACAAACCCAAUGCUGUGGCUGGCGCACGUCUUCCUCAUAUCAAACUAAUUGAUCAUACAAGGAAUGACAAAGUCAUCUCAUCGCAUGACCUCGUCCGUGUCAAUUUCGUCUUGUUAACCGCGGACCCUUCCUCACCGUGGCUUCCGGCAGCUGCCGCGCAGGCUGUGACCGUUGAUGCGUUUGAACUGUCGCAAAGCUCCGACGCAAUCGCCGACCCAGGCGGUCAAUUCAAGAAGCUUUGCAGUAUGGAUCAUGGAGAGGCUAUACUGGUUCGACCUGACGGGUUAAUCGCCUGGCGAGGCAAGGCAUCUAGUGCAGGACACUCGAAGACACUGGCCGCGGUGCUGAGUAAAGUCUUAGGAGCACGCACGUAA